UAAUUUCUCAAAUGGCUUCUUCUGACAACUUGGCUAGCAUCGAACCAUGGAUGUUUCGAACAUCUUUAGCUGAUUCCUGGCUAAUCGACGCCUUCUCUCGCGACACCGAUACUCUCACCAAAGCGCUUCAGAAAUCCUUUUCCGUUCCCGAAACGUUUACUUCGGAUUCCUACUCUCCUUUCCUCGACCUCCUCCACUCCGACUCCGCCCCCGCCACUCCUUCCCUCUCCGCCUCUCCCUCCGAAACCGCUCCUAAGCGUUCGCGGAACACCGUUCCCCUGGCCGGUGGCAAGGUUUCGAAACGCAAAUCGCGCGCGUCGAAGAGGUCGCAUACUACGUUCAUCACGGCGGAUCCGGCGAACUUCAGGCAGAUGGUGCAGCAGGUGACUGGAGUUAGAUUCGGUGGGCCGCAAGUGCCUUUAGUGCCGAUCGUGAAGCCGGAGCCACAGAGAGCGUGUAACCGGCUGGCGAGUGGUGGCGGUGCAGGUUGCUUGCCGACGCUCGAUACGUCGGCGUAUUUGUUGGAUCACCAGCAGACGGCGGUGGGAGAUCCGAGUUUAAAUUCGCCGGCGGGAGUAGGCGCGUUUUCGGGUGCAGUUGCGGGUGAAGGUGGUGGUGGUGGUGGAGUUGAGAUGGGGAAUUUUCCGGUGUUUCCCACUCUAGAGUCAUGGAAAGUUUUGUGAAGUUGAAACGCAGGAUGGCGAGAGUCGUUUAGGUCAUUUUUAAUUUUCCUAAAUAUCUCUUUGUAACUCAAAGCCGUAGACUUUUGUAUGAGAGGAGAUGGUCAUGUCCUUGUUAAUAGGGAUGGUGGGGGUAUAUAGCAUUAGCAGUUCUUUUUUUUGUUUUGUACUUUUUUUUUUUUUUUAAAUUGGUUUUAGUGGCAAAUGGACUUAGCAAUUGUGUACUUACAAAUUAAUGAAGGCUGGUAAUUUAGUCUAAUUUUGAAA